CGCCAAUUGUUCUCCUGAAACUUAACAGGAGACGAUAAUAUGUCCUAUGUUGAAUUGUGAUUGGUCGAGAGGAAGGGAGUCUCUCUGCGGCUAACCAAUGAAAAUCCCGAUGCUUGAAGCCCUGACAUGAACCUGUAGAUCAGCUGAUAACUGUAAACAAACACGAUAACACAGAGGCUUGGUGGAGGAGCAGCAUUAUCUGGUCUGGUCCAAGUAGAAAUCAAUAAAAGAUGUUCCACACCAUCUGCAAAUGGAACGUCGGGCAUUAUGGGAGGCGUGGGUUUCAAUCUACCAGGAUCUGCAGGCCUGCAGGUUCUGCAAUCGUCCAAGGUUGCUACAUACAUCAACAGCAUCCAUCUAGAGGAACUCAGGAAUCUUCCAAUCACAAGUCAAGUAAUAUCAAUCCUUAUCUAGUUAAGAAGAGUUAUGAACAAGAUGAACAGCACAAACAAAGACAACGGUUUACUCAUAGUAAUCAAGCGGGAAUGCUUUUUGGAAUUGUGGGGACUGCAGCUGCCCUUGGUAUGGGCUCUGCUCUAUGUAAGAGCCAAGGAGAAGAUAUAAUUGAUAAAGACUUGCCUCCUAAUUCACCAAAAGCUUCUACAAAAACUAGUGUCUCAGUUGAAGAACUCUUGGACAGUCAGGAAAUUCAUUCAGUUGGUCGAGAUGUUGCCGGCACAGAGAAAUAUGACCCCCGGACUCAAGAAUCCUCUGAAGAAGACACUGCCAAUGUUCAAAAUAGUCCAAAAGCUUUCAGCACUGCAGCAAUUAUUGGUUCUGUUCAAAAAGAAAAAUUGAGUGAUCUACAGAAGACAGUGAGGAAAUCUCGUCAGCUAUUGAAACGUGUUAUGGAGGAGGCUGGGGCACCAGGCCUAGUUAUAUCAGUGUCCGUGGAUGGCAAGACAGUUUGGGCAGAUGGUUUUGGCUUUGCUGAUCUUGAGAACCAUGUUCGGUGCUCACCAGAUACUGUGAUGCGUAUAGCCAGCAUCAGCAAGCCUCUGACCAUGACUGCCGUUGCUAAAUUAUGGGAAGCAGGGAAACUGGAUCUUGAUGCUCCAAUUCAGAAAUAUAUUCCAAGUUUCCCUGUCAAAACCUACAAUGGUGAGGAGGUGACCAUAACAACCAGACAGCUUAUCAGCCAUCAGUCAGGGAUUCGACAUUACAAACUGAAAGAUCCGAAUAAAAAGGAAAAGGAGGAACAGAAUAAAAACAAAGAAAAUGUAAACAAAGUGUCAAAGAAAGCAAUAGAGGAGAAAGACGAGACGAAUGAAAAAAUACAAGAUGAAAAAGCAGUCGCCAUUAGUGCAGAAGAAGUUAAAAGUGAAAAAGAGUUCUCAGACAACAAACAGAAUGGAGAUGAGAAGAGUGGAAAUUGUAUAUCAGUAACUGAUCGCAAAAGAAUGGAGCUAUACAAAAUCAUAAGAGCAAAAGCCAACAAAAGAAGGAAAAUGAUUGAAAAAGCGGAGGAAGAGAAUGAAUUUAACAUGGAGGAAUAUUAUAUUAAGGAAGAAUUUGACACCAUUCAGGAGGCAUUGGAACUGUUUCAAAAUGAUGAGCUCUUCUUCAAACCUGGUUCAGGUUACCAUUACACAACUCAUGGAUGGACGGUCGUGAGUGGCGUGGUGGAGGCUGCUUCCGGGAAACCGUUUACUGAAGUCAUUACUGGUCUCUUUUAUGUCCUUGGGAUGGAUAAUACAUACCUUGACAAAAAUAAUCCCAUUAUUUAUAAUAGAUCCAGGAACUAUGUUCGUGACGUACAUGGAAAGCUGAUGAACGCCGCAUACAUAGACAACUCUUAUAAGUGGGCCGGUGGUGGAUUCCUCUCUACAGUUCAUGACCUCAGCAAGUUUGGAAAUAUCAUGCUGUAUGCAAGCCAACACAACAGUGACGAUGGUACCCAAAGUGUGCCAGGGAUCUUGAAGGUAUCAACCAUGCGAGAUCUCUGGACACCAGUGAAGGGCACCGGGCCCCUUGGUAGCGGCUAUGGAAUGGGUUGGGGCGCUGCAGAAGACAAAUAUUUAUGUGGAUUUUGUCGAAGUUCUCGACGUCAUGCUUCUCAUUCAGGAGGGGCAGUAGGGGCCAGUAGUUGCCUCCUGGUUCUGCCCAAGCAAGAUUACAGCAGCAAAGAGCAUGGGACUCCCCCUAAAGGGGUUGUUGUUGCAAUAAUCACCAACAUGCAGGGUGUUCGCUUGAAGAACGAAGCACUGCAGAUUGCUAAACUUUUUGAGAAUAUUCAGUAACAUUUUUAGAUAUUUAGGACAUGCAUAUGGGCAGUCAUCUAAAGAUUUAAUUUUUCAUAAUAUAAACCAAACUGUAUUUUAUAACAAACAAAUGGAUCUUGGUUGUAGGGAACCUAAAGUAUGCAUAUUACAAUAACACUGUACAGUUUUCAGAUACAGGUAUUUCAUGUAAAUUAUAUUGUCAAGUAAUACAGUAUUUGAAGAAGAAAAAAUAGCAUUAUAAAUUUAUGCUAAUUACAAUACAAUACAGUACUGUAUAUGGAAUAUAAAUUGCAAUUCAUUAAGCACGCGUGUAAAUUGUCAACUUCUUGUAGACGUCUGAUGAUGAUAAAAUCCCCAAGUAACUUAAUACCAUUUUAUGAACUCUUAGUCUCAGAAUACAAUAGUUUGCUUUCCUAAUAAUUAAGUUACAAAUUAGAUUUUUUAAAGAGUGGAACGGUAUAUUUUAAUUAUUACAGUAAUAUUUUGGAGUUCCAAGCUGUGGGGUACAAAUUUUAUCUGAUGACCAGGUCUUAGGUUCUGAUCGUUCUUCCAAUAAAAUUCUCUCCAAACUGAAGAUUUAAGUACAGGAUGCACCUAAUUGUCCCCCUUCAGUUACAAUACAAAGAUGUCAACCAAAAUGGCACUGAAAUUGUACUGAAACUACCUUAACUAAAUAAUGUUCUUUGAACCUCAGUCAAUGAAAAAAAAAUAAUGUAAGAAUGAUUGUAAUACAGACAUAAUUAGGGUGUGAGGGACAUUUCUGUUGAUGGUACAUACAGUCUAGUCUUGUUAGGGCUCCUAAUUCUUCUACCCUGCAGUGGUAGGGAGCUGUGUACAGGAUGUUAGAUUUAACUUUUGUACAGUCAACAAAAAAAAUUCUGCACCUUUAUGGUGUUAUACAAUAUGACAUACCGGACCAAGAAUUCUGAAAACACUCAUUUACGUGGGCGAUUCCUGUUAAUGUCUCUGUAUUAACUAUGGUAUAUGAUAUAAAAAAUACAUCAUACUGGUUAUACAAUGCAUCACACAACCAGAAAUACCAACCUUACCAUAUUAACAUGGCCUCAGUCAGUGAUCGUUGCAGAAGCCAUCAGACCAAGGGGUGCAGAAUAUUUUUUGCUGACUGUACAUACAUUUAAUAUAAAAUAAAAUUAAAAAAUAUAAAUAUAUAGUGUACACAUUUAAAUUGUGUAAAAUAUAACAGAUUCUGUACAAUAUGUAUAAGUUUUAUUGAUGUGCUGAGGGAGUUGUUAAUAUUUUGAGUUAUUAUGAAAGUGAGUUGACCAAAGAGUUACCAGAGUAAUCAGAAGAAAUUUGUCAACAAAAUGAAUUGCACCAUACAACCUUGUGAGCAUGCUAUUAACAUCUUGUAAGCUCUUUCUACCCAUGGCACAGGGUGGACUGUUUUAAAAGCAGACACUCUACCCACACUUGCUAAUAUUUUUUCUCACUACCUGCCUUAUUCGCUUACAGUGUUACCCUCUACUAAAAGUCCCAACGAUAUCCAUCUGCUUUUAUCCCAAUCCUUUAUUACACCCCAAGUUUGCACAGCUGCAGCACAUUAGCUUUUUGUUAAGAAAGAAUAGCUUUUCAGAAUAUUGUUCCCUCAGGAUGAUGAUGUGCCUUAUUCUAGUGACAAAAAAAAAUAAUUCUUCUCCUUAUUAAUGUAAGAUCACCAAAAAUUAAUUAUUGUAAUUUACACUUA